AUGGUGGAUCGGGAGUUCAACAAGACAUUGCUACUAGAGCUGCUGAGAGCAGCCGGGACAGGGAACUCCCAGUGCGCAGACUGCGGGACACGCGAUCCUGAGUGGGCCUCUUACAAGCUUGGAAUAUUCAUUUGUUUGAAUUGCUCCGGGAUUCAUCGCAACCUUCCUGAAGUCAGCAGGGUCAAAUCCAUCCGCCUUGACUUCUGGGAGAAUGAUCUAGUAGAGUUUAUGAAGACGCAUGGGAAUCUCUGGGCCAAGGCUAAAUAUGAGGCAAAAGUCCCACCUUUCUAUUACAUCCCCCAUUCCAAGGACUGCCUGGUUUUAAAAGAACAAUGGAUCAGAGCUAAAUACGAGCGGGAAGCGUUUGUUGCCACCAGUGUCUGCCAUGAAACAGGUUCCUCAGCGUCUGCAGGCAGCCGUGAAGGAUUUCUGUGGAAGCGCGGGCGGGACAGCAGGCAGUUCCUGAAGAGGCAGUUCCUCUUGUCGGCAAGGGAAGGUGUGCUGAAGUACUACACCAAAGAGUCUAAAGGGCCGAAAGCUGUGAUCAGCGUAAAGGAUCUGAACGCAAUGUUCCAGAUGGAGAAAAUCAGAAACCCUCAUGGGCUGCAGAUCACCUACAGCAAAGAAGGUCAGACAAGGAACCUCUUUGUCUAUCAUGAAAGUGGAAAGGAAAUUGUUGACUGGUUCAAUGCCAUUCGGGCAGCGCGUUUCCAUUACCUUAGAACCGCCUUCCCCACCGCUCCUGAGGCCGAGCUCAUACCCAGGAUUACAAGGAAUUAUUUCAAAGAAGGCUAUAUGGAGAAAACAGGGCCAAAGCACAAGGAGGCCUUUAAGAAGCGCUGGUUCAGCCUGGACUCCCAGGAGAGGAACCUGCUCUACUUUAAAGACCCGUUGGAUGCCUUUGAACUGGGCCGAGUUUUUAUUGGAAGCAAAGAGCAGGGAUAUGAGGUCCAGGCUGGCUUGCCCAGAGAAGUCAGGGGGAAGAGGUGGAAAGCUGGGCUCACCAUAGUCACGCCACAUAGGAAGUUUGUGUUUGUGUGUGAAAAUGACAGGGAGCAGAAGGAGUGGAUAGCGGCUUUGAAUGAAGUCCUCUCCCAGCCUGUGACAGCCUAG